UUGAUGGUGAAGGACUAUCUCCCAUGGCUAUCGUUUCUUCAAGCAAUAUGUCUGCAUAAUAAUAGUUAAAUAUGGAGAGAAAGGCGGGAAGAGUGUUCAGGGGUUGGAAAGAAGGAAAAAUAUUGUUUGCUCCCACUUACAAAUACACUCUUAACUCAGACUUGUACGCUGGAGAGACUGUCACGUCAAAGAAAAAACGCCGAACGCCUGCUUGGUGUGACAGAAUAUUGUGGCAUGGAAACGGAAUGGAACAGAUUUCAUAUAUAAGGGGGGAAUCGAGAUUCUCUGAUCACAGACCCGUUUGUGCCAUAUUUUCAGUGGAUGUUGAAAUGCAUUGUAAACCGUCCAAGUAUCGCAAGGGUUUCUCAUGCACGUUAAAUUAUGAAGACAACCCCCUAGAAGGAAACAAACUGCUUCUAUGACUUCUAAUUUCUUCGUCUAAUCAACUAUUUAUCUUUACCAUUCUUGUAGCAUACUUGUACUGUAUAAUUGUAAGUUAAUAAUAUAUAUUUGUGGUGAAAUGAAGAAAGUGUAAAGUAGAUAUAGUGUGAUAUCUAUAUAUUUAAUAAUCUCAGGAUAUUCUUCUUCAUAAGAUAUUUCCUAAAUGAAUUUACAAUAGUUCAUCGAGACCCUAUUUAUACUUAUUGGGCUUGAUGAUGAAUCAUAUAUACCUAAGUAAUUCUACACACUUUUGCUGGAACUGGUAAAUCAAGUCAUUUGUCUAUCCUUGAUUACGAAAACUAAAAAUAGAUGAGUGACCUGAUUACCAAGAUGAACAAUUCACACUUGUAAUGUUCAGGAUUUUACAACACCCCCACUUGAAUGUUCAUAUAUCCUUGAAUAGGUAUAUAUGCUUAUCUUAUUAUUAUGAAAAGUUUUGUGAGAAA